AUGAACGCCUGGCGGGAGGCCCAGGGGGGCGACGGAGGCGCGGGCCCCCCGGGACGGGAGCCCCCCGGGACGGGGGACCCCGGGCAGCUGCUCCAGCAGCGGCGCGUCAAGCAAGCCACGCGCUUCCUGCACAAGGACUCGGCCGACUUCCUCCCCCUGGACCCCCUCCGAAGGAUGGGCACCUCCAAAGACCUGCAGCCACACUGUGUGCUUCAGAGACGUCUGGUAGAGGGACUCCAGAGCGGGCUUCCGGGGGCAUCCCCUCCGGGGCGGGCCAUGACCGAGACCCAGGGCCAAGAGGCCAGCAAGAAGCCUGGCGGGACCGAGACGCCCGCUCAGCUGGUGAGCUGCACGCAUGGGUAA